AAGCUCUGCCACUCACCGUCUCUCAUCUGCUUCUAGCUGAAGCCUUUAAUGUCUGCCAACAAAGCCUGACGGUGACGUUCUUCUCCUUCUCCCCUUUUUCUAAACCAAAAUAAAACCCCCACUAAACUCUUUCAAAUUCAGUCACCCAAAUAAACAACAAUGGCUACUUCAUCAUCUUCUUCAAAGCUUUCACUUUUCUUCUUGUUUUCCUUCUUGUUUGCUUCCACUUUAGCUCGUAAUUCCCCUUCACCAACAACAAAAAUCCUCGAUGUCUUAGCUUCUUUGAAACAAGCUCAGCAUAUUCUUUCCUUUGAUCCUCAAAUUUCUAAUGGCUUUUCCAAAAGCCAACCCCUUUUCUUCAACUCUUCUUCUUCAUCGGGUUCUGGUUUUUCGAUUCCACUUCAUUCACGGGGCUCUUUGCGAAAAACCCAUCAUGUUGAUUAUAAAAACCUGGUCCGAUCCCGACUCGACCGUGAUUCAGCUCGAGUUAACACGCUCACCACCGAGGUACUACUCGCUGUCAAUGGGGUGCGCAAAACUGAGCUGAAGCCUGUUGUUACCGAGUUAGAACCAGAGGCGCUUUCCACCCCUGUUAUUUCCGGUACGAGCCAAGGGAGUGGGGAGUAUUUUACCCGGGUCGGAGUCGGUAACCCGGCUAAACAAUUCUACAUGGUUCUUGAUACCGGGAGUGAUGUUAAUUGGAUCCAAUGUGAACCAUGUACGGAUUGUUACCAACAAUCCGACCCGAUUUUUGACCCGUCGGCGUCGUCGACUUACAGUCCGGUUACUUGCGAGUCAAGGCAAUGUUCUCUUCUACGACAAUCGGCUUGUCGUGGCGGGAAAUGUCUUUACCAGGUGUCCUACGGUGAUGGAUCUUACACAGUAGGGGAUUUCGUGACUGAAACGGUGUCGUUUGGGAACUCCGGUGAUAUCAAAGGCGUUGCUAUGGGUUGUGGCCAUACCAACGAAGGCUUAUUUGUUGCAGCUGCCGGUUUGGUUGGACUCGGUGGUGGUCCCUUGUCUUUAACAUCUCAGAUUAAAGCGACGUCGUUUUCUUAUUGUUUAGUGGAUCGUGACUCAGCGGGUUCGUCGACGUUGGAUUUCAACUCCGGGUUACCGGCUGACUCAGUGGUUGCUCCGUUAAUAAGGAGCCGAAAGGUGGAUACCUUUUAUUACGUCGGUCUGACCGGGCUUAGCGUAGGCGGCCAACCUGUUCAACUCCCGCCGGGCUUUUUCGAGUUGGAACAAUCGGGAAACGGAGGAGUGAUCGUCGACUGCGGGACGGCCAUAACACGGUUGCAAGCGGAGGCUUACAACGCACUCCGCGACGCGUUCGUGAAAUUAUCGCCGGACUUGCCGACCACCGGUGGGGUUGCGUUGUUCGACACGUGCUACGACUUGUCUUCAAGAACCAGUGUUAGGGUCCCGACAGUGGCGUUUCAUUUCAGCGGCGGAAUGUCACUGGACUUGCCGGCGAAAAAUUAUUUGAUACCGGUGGACUCAUCGGGAACGUAUUGCUUGGCGUUUGCCCCCACGACGUCGUCUUUGUCUAUAAUUGGGAACGUACAACAGCAAGGGACACGUGUGAGCUUCGAUUUGGCUAAUAAUAAGGUCGGGUUCUCUCCUCAUAAAUGUUAAGACAGUAAAUAAAUAGCUUAUUGGUGAUAAUUUACUAAUUUACCUAUCCAUUCUUCUCUGGUAAAAGAAGGUGAAGAAUAUACCGAAGUUUGUUUGUUUGUAAUAUGUAUAGUAAUUUUAUAUUUAGGUUGAAUUUUUACCAUUUAGUCGUACUUUUUUACAUUGGGGAAAUAAAUUCCAAAGAAUGGAGAAGCAGUGUGGACGUGGGCGGUUAAUGAAUAUAACCCGCCUUAGGAUUGAUUUACUUGUACUGUAAGGUAAGUUCAGUGUCAUUAUGUAGUAAAUUUGUUGAAAUUUGAAGGGCAAUGAAAAGAGUCAAGUUGGAUGUUGUAAUUAUUACAA